UCUCAGAUCCCGGAUUGCUUUGACUUAUUUCUUUUCUCUCUGCCGGCGAAAAUCCCCAAUUCCAUAAACCUAAUUCCCAUUUUCCUCUCUGAAAACCCUCGUCUCCGUCCAUGGCACCAAAGCGAGCACCCCAUCUGGACGAUCCUCCGACGGUUUCUUCUUCUUCCGACGAAGAGGAAGCCUCGUCGGAAGAAGCCUCCGGCUCCGAAGACGACGAACAGGAAGUCUCGGACUCGAACGUCAAGCCCAAGGAGGAGACUCCGCCGAAGGCCAAGAAGCCCAGAUCGAAGCCCUCGGCGAUGCCGUCGAGGCAAUCGGUGAAGCGGACCAAGAAGAGCGACUCCAACGCCGAGAACGGCGGUUCGGAGGAGGAGGAGGAGGCGAAGAUGUCGGGAGGAGACGACUCGAAGAAGCUGCUUUUCCAGAGGCUGUGGAGCGAGGACGACGAGAUCGCGAUCUUGAAAGGGAUGAUCGACUACGCCGCGAAGACCGGCGCGGACGCUGCCGUCGCCGACAUGAACGCGUUUUACGAUUUCAUUAAGAAGUCGCUCCACAUCGACGCUACAAAGACGCAGCUGAGCGAUAAGGUCCGAAGGUUGAAGAAGAAGUACGUGAACAAUCUCAAGAAGAAGUACAACCCGACGAAGCCUCACGAGCUGGAGGCUUUCCAGCUGUCGAAGAAGAUUUGGGGCAGCAGAGAGCCGAAGUCGAAUGGCACAGCGAAGAGUAACCAGAAAGGCAAAUCGGAGCUGCUUUUGUCGCCUGCAGCUCCGGCGGAAAUCGAAACAACGGCGAUUGAUCGAAAGGCGGGUCCUUCGGCGAGUUUGAGCGAGCUGAUUCGGUUCGAUAAGAGCUUACCGGAGCAUGUGGUGAAGCAGGGACUUGAUUUGAUUUCGGAAUCGAAGAAAGCCGAGUUGGAAGCGAAGUGGAGGAUGCUGCACAUUGCUGAAUUUGAGCUUUUUGUUAAGAAGAGUCAGUUGAUUAGCGAACAAUCCAAGUUGAUACUCGAGGCGAUUAAGCCGUCUGAUGAUUAGCGUAUUCAUCAGGUGAACAAGAGUGAAGCAGGGACAGCAGGCAAACAAUCAAACAUUGAGGGGGGAGUUUGGUAUCGUAAAAGCUU